CCAGCAGCUCUGAAGUAACGUUACUUGCUGGAUACAAUGUCAUAUCAAGGGGUUAGUGGUCCACCUCACCGUUCUAAGAGGACUCACUGCUAAUGAAAUCAAAUGCUUAGAGAAGCAUGAGAUGCAGGGCUUUAGCUAGUAUUUUGCCUCAACUAGGGUGGUCAGUUAAUUUCCACAGUACAGCACCAGGUUGCUUUUCACCAUUGCAACUUUUUUUCAAAACAAAAUAUUGGUAAAAUCCUCUAAUUUCCCUCUGAUUACGAACUGGCUUGAAGACUGGAAUGAUUUGUUUGUUUGAAGAAUGUUGACGUUAGAGUGGGAGUCGGAGGGACUGCAAACAGUGGGUAUUGUUGUGAUUAUAUUUGCGUCUCUGAAGCUGCUUCAUUUGCUGGGACUGAUUGAUUUUUCAGAAGACAGUGUAGAAGAUGAAAUGGAAAUAGCCACCGUGCGGCAUCGGCCUGAGGCUCUUGAACUGCUGGAAGCACAGAGCAAAUUCACAAAGAAGGAACUUCAGAUUCUGUAUAGAGGAUUCAAGAAUGAGUGUCCCAGUGGGAUUGUUAAUGAAGAGACCUUCAAAGAGAUUUAUUCUCAGUUCUUUCCACAGGGAGAUUCUACAACCUAUGCACAUUUUCUCUUUAAUGCAUUUGACACUGAUCACAAUGGAUCUGUGAGUUUUGAGGACUUCAUUAUGGGUCUCUCAAUUUUACUCCGAGGGACAGUAGAAGAAAAACUCAACUGGGCUUUUAAUUUGUAUGAUAUAAAUAAGGAUGGAUACAUAACUAAAGAGGAAAUGCUUGAUAUUAUGAAAGCUAUAUAUGAUAUGAUGGGAAAAUGCACUUAUCCUGUUCUCAAAGAGGACGCCCCUAGACAACAUGUGGAAACAUUUUUCCAGAAAAUGGACAAGAAUAAAGAUGGGGUAGUUACCAUAGAUGAAUUCAUUGAAAGCUGCCAAAAAGAUGAAAACAUAAUGCGUUCCAUGCAGCUCUUUGAAAAUGUGAUUUAACAAUGUGGUUUACUCUGCAAUUAAUGGACAAAUGUGAACUAUUCUGCAACAUGACUUAAAGCUGGAUUUGCCACAUUUAUCAUAUGUAGGAUUGCUCAGCUUUACACUGAGACACGUAUUCUGCUAAUAAGUUUUGUUUUAUUAUAAAGCAUUCCUCUCAAAAAUGAUUUCCCAAAGGUUAGGAUGUAAUAAUUUGUCCUUUAUCCAAUGGGAUAUUCUAAAAAUAUUAGGUUUUACCCCACAACUCCCAAAAAUAGCAUAGCAUCUGCCAUUAUACAGCUUUAUUACCAUUCCAACCCCUAGAUAAAAGAGGCUUUAACACAAAGAGGUCAGAAAUAGCUGUUUUUGAUACUUGUUUGUAUUGGAUUCAGCCCCAGGAUUUUAAGUGUCAACCUCUGUUUUACAGAGAAAUCACCCUGUAUUGUGUAAUACUCAUUUUUACAUAAUACUUUGAGUAAAGAUCGGUACAGUUGAUGAGCAAUACAUAUCUCCUGCAACAACAUCGAAAUUUUAUUUGGCUUUCUUUCCUCUUUUACUGAAGCCCACCUAAUUUACAUAAGAGGAAGAAAUAUUUUUUAUAAUAAAAAAUGUAAUGACAUGUACCACUGAUAGGUAUUAAACAGAUCAUCCUUACCUAAUAAAUCUGCAUUUAUGAAUUUUUCAUGAAAUGAGUACCUGAAGUCCUAUAUAUUGUAUGUGCAAUUCGAGUUGGACUGUCAGUAAAGUUUUCUGCUCAAAAUUAAGGACCUGAAAAGAUUUUGAGUUCAAAUUUCUUUGUGAAGAAAAUCUAAGUUUACCAUCAUUUCCAGAAGUACGUGUCUUACCGGUUUUAAUGAGGAAA